GACCCCGAACUACCCUCGCCUUGACCGCUUGCAGUCCCGUCGACGGCGAGGACACUCCCCCUUCCCGAGUGACGCGCCGAGCGCCUGGUCUUCUGGGCGCUCACGAUGGCGGGGUUCUUCCAGAAACUCAAAGGAACCGGAUCUGGUACUUCAAAGUCCGAUAACACGUUGGCCAAGAAUAAGAAGGACGAGCCCCAGCUGGACUUUACACCCGUUGAGAAGCUGUUGCACAACGCGGGACCCAUUCGGGAAGACGGCAGCGACAAGUUCUUUGGUCUAGAAAACUUCGGAAACACAUGUUACUGCAAUUCAAUUGUCCAAGCGCUAUACCAUUCUGAACAUUUCCGGUCCAAUGUUGUCAACUAUCCACCGCCGCUUCCGUGGGACGAUCCAAACAGCGUCAAGAGGAAGGUCAAUGUGACGAUACGGCCUCCCCCACAGGCGAAUGGAAAUGCUGCGGGCUCGGGCAAAACAGGUCAGCCACCGAAGCCGCGGUCGUCCUUCAGCGGGGGACAGUUGGCUCCCAGUGUAGCGCCCACACGACCCGAGGAUAAGCCUGACUCGCCCGAAUACAAGAAGAAGCAGGCCAUGAUAAAGGGCCCGGUACUAGAGCUAGCACAGGAGAGCACGGAUCCCUAUGGCAUGGCAGAGUGCACCUUCACCGGCCUCAAAGACAUUUUCACAGCUCUUAUCGACAGCCAAUCGAGGACAGGCGUGCUCAGCCCCCAGAGGUUCCUUGACAUAUUCAAGAGGAACAAUGAGAUGUUCCGAAACUCGAUGCACCAAGACGCCCACGAGUUCUACGGCAUAGUCCUUAACGAUGUAAUCGCGAAUGUGGAAGCCAAUGGCAAGCGGAUGCAAGAGUUGGCAGAGAGCAGGAGAAAGGAUGACCCCUCUGAGCCAGCCGAGAUAUCACCAGGCUCUGACUCUACUGGGCUAAUUCGGCCACCGGGGACGGGCUGGGUGCACGACAUAUUCGAGGGAGUGCUGACAUCGGAAACGAGAUGCCUGACUUGUGAGACGGCAUCGCAACGGGACGAGACAUUUCUGGACUUGUCUAUUGACCUGGAGGAGCACUCGUCCGUGACAUCGUGUCUGCAGCAGUUCUCAGCGGAGGAGAUGCUGUGUGAGAGGAACAAGUUCCAUUGCGAUCACUGCGGCGGCUUGCAGGAAGCCGAGAAGCGAAUGAAGGUUAAGAAGUUACCAAAGGUUCUGGCACUACACCUGAAACGAUUCAAGUACACAGAGGAUUACAGCCGGCUGCAGAAGCUCUUCCACCGAGUGGUCUACCCCUACCAUCUGCGCUUGUUCAACACGACCGAUGACGCCGAAGAUCCCGACAGGAUGUACGAGCUUUAUGCGGUCGUCGUGCACAUCGGAGGCAAUGCAUACCACGGCCACUAUGUCGCAGUGAUUAAGACGAAAGAUCGGGGGUGGCUGCUUUUUGACGAUGAGAUGGUGGAGCCAGUGGACAAGACUUUCGUCCAGAACUUCUUCGGCGACAAGCCUGGGAUGGCUUGUGCCUAUGUGUUGUUCUACCAGGAGACAACAUUUGAGAAGGUCCGGGAAGAGCUGGAUGCCGAGGGUGUGGAUCAGGUGAAAAUGACCAACACCCUAACUACGGAUCUUGCGAUAAGUGCCGAGCUGGCCAACGGAACAAGCCCGGCUCCCCUUUCAAAACUCAACACCCAACCCUUACCGCCGGUCGACGAGAACGAGACAUUGGUCGGGCUGGAGCAUGCCAACUCAGCACCAACCGCGUUGGAUGUCACCAGCCCUAUCGAUCCAUUACCGCCACCGCUCUCUUCGUGUGAAGGCCAUCCUCUAGUCGCGGCACCGCCGCCUCGUCCUAAUGUGAUGACAAAGGCAGACGAAGCCGCAACUGUCCCACCAAAGACCAAGGAGGAAAUCGCUAGGGAAAAGAAAGAGCAGAAAGCCCGGGAGAAAGCUGAAGAGAAGGCUCGGAAAGCGGCAGAGAAAGAGCAGACGCGGAUCGCAGCCAAGGAGCGGCAGGAGGCGGCCCAGAGACUACGAGAAACAGCACGCCUCGAGCGCGAGCAGUUACAUAGGGCAAUCCAAGAGAGCAAGCAGAUGGCUGCUGAUGAAGAGAGGCGGCAGAAGAAAGAGGCUCCCUCAGCUGAGAGGCCUGCUUCCUCAGAGGGAAAUGGUGCGAAUGGGUUCCUCAACCGCGCUGGGCGGACAAGCAAGUCGAUGACGCGCAAAAGCUUUGCUUUCUUGCACAUUGGACAACACAGCAACAGCAACAAGGAAGAAGAUCAGGGCGAUUCCAAGACCGAGAAGACGGAUCGCAGCGAGGCCAGCGAUACCAGGAGCGACAGGGGGGGGAGCAGCGUUACUGACGGGGACCUGUCGCGUGAUAAACAUCAAACCCCACCACGUCAAAAUGGGAUCAGUAAUGGGAAAUCCAACAAUGGGAAACGGAACGCCAGCUUUUCGUUACCGGUGCGACCUCCACCGCGGUCAGACACGGCACCUGGGUCAGUCGAGCAGCUGCGCCAGGAUAAACAGGAUAAGGAGAAAGGAAAAGAGAAGCCGGCACUCAAGGAGAGGUUCAGCUUCGGACUCGGGAGGAAAAAGAGCAGCAAAUUCUUGUCUCCUCUAUCCUAGAAGGGGAAGAGACACUCGCUGCGCUGCGACGUGGAGCACGCGGACGCUCUGUGAGCUCUGAAAGGCACCCGUCCAACACGCACUCGCUUGGCUUGGCUAGCGCUGCUGGAUAUAAUUGCAGGCGUUCUGAUGCUUUUCGUUCAAUACCCUCGUCUGGCUUCGUAUAUCGCCUACCUGGUUGUAUAGAGACACACUCCGUAUCGGAGUGGCAUUGCAGAGACAGGGUUACAGAACCUGUUCUUCAUAGAGGGCAGACUCACUCUCCU